UAAUAUACAACAAUUAUCAUCAACAAUUUUACCGCAACAACAACAACAACGACAAUUAUUAUCAUCAUCAAAUAUGAAUACAAACAUGGUGGCAAAUACAAAUGUACAACAACAAUAUUCUAAUCAGAAUCAACAGAAUCAUAAAUCACAAGGUGGCCAGGUUUUAUUCUCAAAUAAUAUACAAUAUAUGAAUAAUAAUAAUAAUAAUAAUUCAUCAAUAUCAUCAUCGGCAACAUCUGAAUCAUUAUUACAACAUCAUUAUCAUCAUGGUCAUCAUAAUAAUAACGCUGCUACAACAGCCGGUGGUGGUGGUGGUACAAAUGCAGAUAUUUAUCGUAAACGAUUAUAUCGUGUUGGUCUGAAUCUAUUCAAUAAACAACCAUCUGAACGUGGUAUACGUUUUUUAAUUGCAAAUAAUUUUAUUGAACAAUCUGUUACUAUUGAAGAACAAGCACGUGCUGUUGCAAUUUUUUUAAUCACAAGAAAAGGUGUUUCCCGACAAAUGAUUGGCGAAUAUCUUGCCGAUAAUAAUCCAUUUAAUAAGGCUGUAUUGAAAUCAUUUGUUGCGGAAAUUAAUUUAACCGGAUUAAUUGUCGAUGAAGCAUUACGGUCGUUUCAAAUGAAUUUUCGUUUUCCAGGUGAAGCACAAAAAAUUGAACGUCUAGUCGAAUCAUUUGCCGACCGUUAUAAAGAAUGUAAUCCAAAUGAUGUAUUAUCAAGAGAUUCAAUAUUUAUACUUGCAUUUGCAAUUAUAAUGUUGAAUACUGAUUUACAUAAACCGACAAAUAUUAAACAUCGUAUGACACAGGAACAAUGGCUUUCCAAUUUGAAAGGUGUUUUCAGUGAAGGUGAUCUUUCAUCACAAUUUUUAUUGGGUGUUUAUAAACGUAUUAAAAAACAAGAAUUACAAACCGGACCAGAUCAUGUUACACAGGUUCUUAAAGUACAAUCAACAAUUGUUGGUAAAGAUGUACCAAAUCUAUGUCUAUCACAUCGGCGUUUAGUUUGUUAUUGUCGUUUAUAUGAAAUUCGUGAUGUAAAUCGUAAAGAAAAAGUUGGCCAACAUCAACGUGAUGUAUUUCUAUUCAAUGAUCUACUGUUGAUAACGAAAACAACAAAUCGUUCACGUAAUAAUCAAAUGGCUGAAUAUCAAUAUCGUUCAAGUACAUCGUUGGAUGGUUUACAAGUCAAUAUAUUUGCUAAAGGUUUCUAUGCACAUGGUAUUCGUAUUAGUCGUCGUGUUGAUCAAAAAUGUUUAGCAUUAUUCAAUGCACGUAAUGAAUUGGAUCAAAAACGUUUUGUUGAAGAUUUACGUGAAUCAAUAGCUGAAAUGGAUGAAAUGGAACAGAUUCGUAUUACAAAAUCAAGUUCAUUAGUACAAUUGAAUGAUUUCAUGUUAACAACAACAACAAAUAAUAAUAAUGCAAUAAUGGCGUCAUCCAGUGGUCAUGGUACAUAUCAUAAUAAUAAUCGUCAACAAUCAAUAUCAUCAUCAAAUUUACAAUCAAGUAAUGGAGAUAUUGAUGGUAAUCUAGCAACAAGUGAUAGUACAAUCAAUGAUGUGGAUAUUGAUGAUGAACAGAAUAAACAACAACAACAACAACAACCACAAUCACCAAAUGGAUCGGGACCAAAUCCAUCAACAACAGCGCCGACAACAACAACAUCUAAUGGUCAUCUAGUACAGCAUCAGCAACAACAUUAUUAUCACCAAUAAUUUGAAUUCUUGGAUUGAUUUUUUCUUUCUUUUCUGCUACAGGUUGUUUUAGUCACACACUUGUUGUUUUUUUUACAAUACAAUUGAAAUUUUGAUCUCACUUUAAGAUACUUGAAUUUUUUUAAAAUAAU